GGCUAGAGGACGAGAAAUGGAGAGCGAGCAAUGCUUGGCUUGUCCGAUUGCGUGCUUCGGCAGCGACCGCUGCGGCGAUGUAGCUGAGGUAAUCUUUGCAUCGCAUUUCAUUAUCCAGCUAUGCAAUCCAUAUUUCCUAGGCGCUGGUAUUUUGUCCUCAUUCCUUCUUGCGUGGCCGGUGCAUUCUCUAGGAAUUUCUAGGCUUUGGAUUUCUUUCGCCAGGAUUUCUUCCUUCAGAGGAGAAUGAGUGUCUGGUUGAUUUGUGUAGUUUUUCUUCUACUGGAUCGCGGGGAAGCUGAGACGAAUGCGAAGGAUACUGAAGCACUCCGGGGCUUCCAACGGACUGUUCAAGACCCAUUGUCCAAGUUUGAGAGCUGGAAAGGCGAUGAUCCUUGUGGACAGGGCUGGGAGGGGAUUAUUUGUGCUCCAGAUGCUGCGGGAGUCAAUCACGUAACAGAGAUCCAUUUGCUAAACUCGAACUUUUCGGGAGUUCUUUCUCCUGAUAUUGGAUCCCUGAGCUCUCUCAGAGUAUUGGACCUUAUGUGGAACAGUCUGAGUGGAAGCAUUCCUCCAUCUAUCGGGAAUCUGUUGUCGCUGGAGCUUUUGCUUCUUAACGGAAAUUCUUUCACUGGUCAUCUUCCGGAUGAAAUUGGAAACCUUGUGAACCUUGAUCGGCUUCAAGUUGAUCAAAACAAAUUUUCGGGGCCGAUUCCAUCGACCUUGACAAAGCUAGUUAAUGCAAAGCACCUGCACAUGAACGACAAUGCCUUUGACGGCAGUAUUCCAUCUGGUUUGGGAAGGAUACCCGCAAUCCAUAUACUUCUAGAUAACAAUAAUUUAACUGGGAAGCUUCCACCCGACAUUGGCAACAUAUCGCAACUCCAGAUACUGCAGUUGGACAACAAUCCUUUUGAUGCACAGGAGAUUCCGAGCACGUAUACGACGUCGCUUGUACAGCUUAUCAAGCUGAGCAUGAAAAACUGCAACUUGCGAGGAUCGAUGCCCGAUCUCUCCGCACUCACCAAGCUACAGUCUCUGGAUUUGAGCAAAAAUCAAAUGGACGGAGUCUUUCCGAACAUGAGUUUGCCCUCGCUAAUAACGAUAGAUCUCUCAAAUAAUCAGUUUACUGGCGACAUUCCAGUCGAAGCUGCGGGCAUCGAGACUCUAGAAUUGAUGUCUUUACAGAGCAAUCUCUUGAAUGGUUCUCUGGAUCAGCUUUUAAUCACCCUCCGUGGUAGAACGAGCGACAAAUUACUUGUGCUGGAUCUCCAAGGGAACUCGCUGACUGUAUCAUCGUUCCCGAGUUUUAGUUUCUCCAGCAAUAUCAAACUUUGGGUCUUUGGAAACGCGCAAGUGUGCGUCUGGCAAGCCGCAUUCAAGUUUUGCGAGCAUCAGAGCCUCGAUAAUGUACCUGACCACGGGCCAUCUGAUAGCAGCAACAUCAAUAACUGCGCGAGAGACAUCUGUAAUCCUGACAUUGACGAACUUGUCCCCGGUUUGGCAGCCGAUGGUAAUUGCAAGUGUGCUUCUCCGAUUCGGGUCCUUGUUCGUUUGAAGAGUCCGGGCUUCCGCUUCUUUGAACCGCAUCUUCGAGCUUACGAGAAGUACAUGGCUGCUGGAUUGGGAGUGUCGCAUCUUUCGGUGACCUCGUAUUCCUGGGCCGGGCAGAGACUCCUCGUGAAGCUGAGUAUAUUUCCUUCAAUGCUAGGUGAUGAUCGAAGGUUCAAUCAACCAGAGGUGAAAAGGAUCUUUCUUGCUUUCACGGAGUGGUCAAUCCCUGAUAAUGCCUUAUUUGGGCCAAGAGAGCUCCUCAGCUUCGAUCCUCCUUAUGGGAUUGAACUUUUUACGAGUGGAAUUUUACCUUCGAGAAAGAAAUUUUUCGCCAGUGCUAUUCCCGUCUUUGUUGGUGUUCUUGUUGGAGUUGUAGGCUUCGUUGCUACCGUUCUAAUCUGUUUUGUUCAGAAACUCAAGGACGACCAAAAUAACUCGUGGAAGAAGAGAAGGAACCUAUCUUUCAAAGUUGAAGGUGUCACAAGCUUCACAUGGGAGGAGAUGGAUAGAGCCACAGAAUCCUUUCACGAAUCUAACCAGAUUGGUCAGGGUGGCUAUGGAAAAGUUUACAAAGGAGUUCUGGACGACGGGACUGUUGUUGCUAUCAAGCGUGCUGAGGAGGCCUCUCGAAACGGAACCAAUGAGUUUCACAAUGAAAUACAGUUGCUGUCGAGACUUCAUCAUCGAAAUCUGGUUUCGCUUAUUGGCUACUAUGUGGACGACGACGAACAGAUGCUCGUGUAUGAAUUCAUGAGUGGAGGAACGUUACGGGACCAUCUAUCACCGACAUUUACAAGACCGCUGAAUGUCAGGUCUCGCUUGGUUAUAGCUUUGGGCGCGGCAAGAGGCAUACUGUAUCUUCACACGGAAGCUAACCCUCCCAUCUUUCAUCGCGAUAUUAAAUCGACCAACAUUCUUUUGGACGAGAAGAACAAUCCGAAGGUUGCUGAUUUUGGCCUUUCCAAGCUUGCACCUGUUUCAGACGCUGACGGACUGUCAGGACACGUUUCAACAGUUGUGAGAGGUACACCGGGGUACCUGGAUCCAGAAUACUUUCUGACCCAUAAGCUGACAGACAAGAGCGACGUUUACAGCUUUGGUGUGGUGCUGCUGGAGCUCCUAACGGGAAUGCCACCAAUCUCUCAUGGAAAAAACAUUGUCCGAGAGGUGAGAUUGGCAUUCGAGGCCGGAAUGAUUCUGAACGUGGUAGAUUCCCGCAUGGGACCACUCGCUUCCGAGCUGCUAGAACGGUUCGUGCGGCUAGCGUUGGCCUGCUCGAGCGACGAGCCACAGGCUCGUCCUUCAAUGUCCGACGUCGUACGCGAUCUAGAGGCCCUUCGUCUCGCUGCAACCAGGCCUGACUCCCUAGCUGAUAGCGAGCCAGGAAGUUCUUUCAGGAGAUUGGACAGCAGUAUCGUGCUGUCGGAGAAGCUGGCGGAGAACGAUGACUCGCAGUGCAUCGGAGUGGUUCUUCCUAGAUAUUCUUUCUUUCUGCCUUUAGCCUUUUUCGCAGAAAAUCUUUGGGCUCGGGAGGCCGCAAGGGCGCCAGGCGGUAUGGAAGAGCUCAAAGACGCGCCUACAGUCCGAGCGUUAAACGCGUUGCAUAAGAGUCUUAAAGACACCGCUGGAAGGCUGCAGUCCUGGAAUAAUGGAGACCCUUGCAAUGACUACUGGGAAGGCAUCAUAUGCAGCGAUUCGGAUCUCUCAAACAGGACGAGUCGAUCGGUGCUUGAAAUUCACUUGAUGAACUGUAAUCUAACGGGAACUAUAGCUCCGGAAGUCGGCGACAUGGCCAACCUUCAAAUCUUAAACCUCAUGUGGAACGGUAUAACUGGAACCAUACCCGCCAAUCUUGGCAAUGCUGGAAACCUCGAGUUGUUAUUGUUGAAUGGCAACAAGUUAACCGGGACAAUUCCUGAAGAAAUUGGCAAUCUGAUGAACUUGAACCGGUUCCAGAUUGACGAGAACCAAAUCUCAGGGAGUAUACCCUCUACGUUUGGCAAUCUUGUUUCCAUAAAGCACCUGCAUAUGAACAAUAACUCUUUGACCGGUAUCAUUCCUCCUGAACUAGGCCGGCUUCCAACUCUCUUCCACAUUCUCGCAGAGAAUAACAAUCUGAGCGGACCGCUGCCUGCGGAACUGUCAAACGUCGCGAGCAUGCAAAUCAUUCAGCUUGACAACAACAAUUUUGGCAAUGCAUCAGUUCCUUCAUCAUAUGUCCAGAUGAAACAUCUUUUGAAAUUGAGUAUGAGAAAUUGCAACCUUGGAGGAAUGCUUCCUGACAUCCGUGGAUUUGAAAAUUUGGAAUAUCUUGACGUGAGUGGUAACAGCAUGGGGGGCAAUAUUUCACAGUGGGUUCUACCUCCGAAUGUAACAACGAUAAACCUGGCAAACAACAAUUUUGGCGGACAGCUUCCUUCGUCGCUAGCUCACGGUUCCAAGCUCCAAGCCUUGCUGCUGCAAAACAAUCAGCUGAGCGGUUUAAUUCCUAUUGACUUCGUCAAUCGUAACGUUACUUCUCAAAAGUUUAUCUUAGAUCUCAGGAACAACUUGCUUACUGGGUUUGACGGGGAUUUUGAUGGCAACGUCGAUGCUAAUAUGUCUAUCAGCCUGAGCGGAAACUCGCGAGUUUGUACUCGAAACAGCCUGCCAACGCUCUGUUCCCCAGAACCUCCUGCUCUGCAGCAGAUUGACACGGUUCGAGACAAUGUUACGAACGUUUGCACAUCGCAGAUUUGUAAUACCGGAAGCGAGAUGAUUCCGGCCUUGGCUUAUGACGGCAAGUGCAGGUGUGCUGCUCCAAUUCAGGUGCAAUGCCGCUUGAAGAGUCCUGGCUUCACUUUCUUCUCUUUGUACCGUCAACAAUUCUCGGAUUACUUGGCAAGGAAUCUAAGUUUGCUACCGAGCCAGGUGUUCGUCGACCAAUCUCUAUGGGAACCCGGCCCGAGGCUCUUCAUUCUCGUGAAAAUAUUUCCUCCGGCGACCACCGAUGCACCUAGAGACAGGGAGUUAAACUCUUCGGAAGUUCUACGAGUUUAUGAGAGGUUCGCCGGGUGGAAGAUCAAAGACAGUCCGAUUUUUGGCCCUCGCGAGCUGAUUGCUUUCAUUGCCCCUGGCAACAUAGACAUUUUUGGAUCUGGCUCGGGAGGCAAAAAGAAACACUUUUCCAAGGCUGUCUUGGCUGGAAUUUUGGUUGGUGCUGUCCUAGCCACUGCACUAGUCGUGGGAUUCACUGCCUUUAAGUAUGCUUCGGGGCGUCGGUUCCUGGUAUCACCAUCGAAGAAAAGCCUUCGUAAGCUUAGCAGAGGCACAACAUCUGUCAAGAUUGACAAUGUGAAGGACUUUACUUUUCAUGAGAUGGGAGUGGCAACGGAUUCAUUCAGUGAAGCACGACAAAUUGGCAAAGGUGGCUACGGCAAAGUUUACAAGGGAAUUUUGGACGACAAGCAAGUGGUUGCUAUAAAACGGGCGGACGAGGAGUCUCAUCAGGGGGAGACAGAGUUCUUCACGGAAAUCGAGCUUUUAUCGCGCAUCCACCAUCGAAACCUCGUCUCUCUCGUCGGCUUCUGUGUCGAUGGCCAAGAACAGAUGCUUGUGUACGAGUAUAUCGGAGGAGGGAAUCUUUCUUCUCGCCUCGUUGAAAAACCUCCAUUGAACUUCAAAAGGCGUGUGUACAUAGCGCUGGGAGCUGCGAGGGGCAUCAUGUAUUUGCACACUGAAGCUGAGCCCCGGAUAAUUCACAGGGACAUCAAAGGCACAAACAUUCUCAUCGGAGACAGGGACAAUGCGAAAGUGGCCGACUUUGGCUUGUCAAAGCUUGCUCCGGACGAGGACGGCGAUGGCGUUUUUGGCCAGCUCUCAACCGUAGUGAAGGGAACUCCGGGGUACCUGGAUCCUGAAUACUUCCUGACACGGAAACUGAGCGACAAGAGUGACAUCUACAGCUUUGGAGUUGUCAUGCUGGAGCUGGUCACGGGAAGGCAAGCAAUCUCGCACGGGAAAAACUUAGUCAGAGAGGUUCGAGCUGCUUAUGAAGCUGGAGUAGCCUUGUCAAUCGUGGAUCCGCUCAUGGGACCAUAUCCGUCGGAAGCCAUGGAGCCAUUCGUGAGGCUAGCGCUGACAUGCUGCGCGGACAAUCCAGACGAGCGGUCUUCCAUCCGGGGGGUGGUCCGAGACUUGGAAGACAUAUGGAAGGCAAUGGCGAGCUGGGCUUACUCGUUCGACGACGAUCACAGCCAGCCACUGGGGACCAAGUCGGGCGGGUUUGAUGUGUCCGAGGGCGAUGCCGUGGCUGGAUCGUCGUCGUCCGCCCAGGUGGACGAGCUCGACGUACUCUCGACGAACAACAUCGAGCUCGUGGCUCCAAGAUAAGCUGAUGGAAUACUUAUACUUGACAUCAUGGCUACGAAAUUAAAUCCUGGCCAUUGAAGGCGAUCACAUUAGAAUCAUACGACUUAGAGAAGAACAUAAGAUCCACAAAAAAAAAAUUUAAAAAUGACAUAAGGUUUAUUCA